AUGUCACCUUACAGCCUCACCAUCCAAAGAACCCGCGGCAGCCUUCGCCAAGGUCUACGCUUCCAGGCCGAUUGUCAUUUUCAAAACCCUCGUCAAGAAUCUGUGACUCUAUCUUCCCCCAGCACUGAGCUCCGACACCAUCAGCCAGCUUAUCGUGUCCCUGGACCUCCCCGCUCGACGUCCGUUGAACCUCUCCAGGUCACGGCGGCGUUUCAUUCUAUCUACUUGGUUCAUUUCGCACCCACGGCUGCCAUUACCCCGAUUGGAACCACAUUGGACAGCGUUGUAGUUCCAGUGCGCACAAACGCGGACGGGUCAGUUACCCUGGUGUUACGCGUCUCGGGCCGUCAACUACCCACCAUCAAGACUCGCAAUGAGGUCGGGGCUAUGACAUGGAUCCGACAGAACACUACCAUUCCGAUUCCCGCCAUUGUUCGCUAUGACUCCAACGAUCAGAAUGUCAUCGGCCAUGAAUUCACCCUCCUUGAAAAGGCCCCGGGGAAGAGCAUUGAUCAGAUUUACGAUACUCUGUCAAUGGAGGCCCGGACCGAGUUGGUCCACCAACUGGCUGAUUACCUGGUCGAGCUCCAUGCACAUCCAUGGAAAGAAGGAUAUGUUGGCGGUUUAACCCUCACCGACGGAGAGAUUACCCAGGGUCCCCCGAUAGACGAAGAUUUCUGGAAAUUGCCCGAUCUCGAGAAGUAUUGGGCUGGAUCUGAAUCCCUCGAGUUGUUGAACCCUAUUCCACCUCAAGGUUUCCCAAACUUCGUGGCUUUCACAGUGGGCUGUCUCGAUCGCUAUAUUCAUGCUAUUGAGAGACAUCCCUCGCUUGAAUCACAUAGAGAUCUCGUUCCUUGGAUUCGCGCAUUCGCGAUAGCUAUUCAGGAGCCCAACAAUGCCGAUCAGCUCAAUCAGGUAGCCUAUGUCCUCGCACAUAAAGAUCUCCAUUUCGCAAAUAUCAUGUGCGAUCCAGACCAUCCCGACUGUCCUACUACCGCUGUUCUAGACUGGGAGUUCAACGGUGUCGUCCCCGCUCCGCGCUGGAAUCCACCGCGUGCGUUUCUGCGGAAUAUGAAAUGGACUCCCGAGGAUAAAGAGGAGCAGGCCCGCAUGGAAAAACUCUUUGAAUCGGUGUGUCGGGAAAAGGGAGUCGGGAAGGUCCUUGAAGAGAUGCAGUUGAAUGCUCUCCAGCAGUCUAUGCAGACUGCAGUGAAUCAUAUUCGUGCCAUUGUGGAGGUUUGCCCCCGCGGGCAGGCCUCAAGACCGAGUUGCCAACUGGCGUAG